CUCUCCCACUCUCCCUCUCUCUCUCCUUCUCUCUGUGUAGUGCUGCAGAGAUACAACUGACUGCAGCAGGGAAGAGAAGAAACAUCACUCUCAGCUCUCAGCUCUCUGCUCUCUCCUCAGCAUCCCUGUCAUACUACUGAGUUUGCAUUCAGCACGCGCAGCAGGCUCAUGUAGAUAAAAAUGGAGUACCAGUACAAAAGCAUAUUUGGUCAGCCUUUUAAGAGGUCCAUCCAAUGAGAGCCAAGGUGUUUUGGGCCGUUCUAUUGUGAUUACUACCAUCUCCCUCUCACUGGGUCAAUCAUUUCAGUUCUGCCAUGGACGACACAGACCCCCGGGACCACCUGUCCCUUAUUAAGGGGGCUAAAGAUAUGGUGAGGGAGGCCAAACGGCAAGCUGCCAAGAAGGUCAACACGGUGGUUGACCGAGCAUCAGAUGAGUACUCACACAGCCGUGCCUAUCACCGCUUCCAGGACGAAGACGAUGGUGAAUACUAUGACCCGCCUCAGGGCAACUACACAGGCGAUCACGCCAACGAUGAAGAAGGUUCCAGUGAUGCCACCGAAGGCCACGAUGACGAGGACGAGAUCUAUGAGGGUGAAUAUCAAGGAAUUCCCUCUGAAUCCGGACAUAGGGAUGGACAUGUGGCCUUGGGGCAACCUGUAGCAGAUGGCCUUAAGGAUCGUAGGGAGCUUGAAAGUGAGAGGCAAGCAGAUGAAGAGGAGCUGGCGCAGCAGUACGAGCUGAUCAUCCAGGAGUGCGGCCACGGCAGGUUCCAGUGGCAGCUGUACUUCACACUUGGGUUAGCACUCAUGUCUGAUGGUGUGGAGGUUUUCGUAGUGGGCUUUGUGCUGCCCAGUGCUGAAACAGAUAUGUGCAUGCCUGAUUCAAGCUCUGGAUGGCUAGGUAGCAUUGUAUACCUGGGGAUGAUGGUGGGGGCUUUGUUCUGGGGGGGUAUGGCGGAUAAAGUGGGCCGGCGACAGUGUCUGCUUAUCUGCAUGUCCAUGAACGGCUUCUUUGCCUUCCUGUCUUCCUUCGUACAAGGCUAUGGCUUCUUCCUGCUCUGUCGCAUGAUAGCGGGCUUUGGGAUUGGUGGGACGGUACCUAUUGUGUUUUCCUACUAUGCGGAAGUCUUAGCAAGGGAGAAACGUGGAGAGCAUCUGAGCUGGCUCUGCAUGUUUUGGAUGAUUGGGGAGAUCUAUGCUUCUGCCAUGGCCUGGGCUAUCAUACCUCAUUAUGGAUGGAGCUUCAGCAUGGGUUCAGCAUAUCAGUUCCACAGCUGGAGGGUAUUUGUAGUGGUGUGUGCUCUGCCAUGUGUCUGCUCUGUGGUGGCUCUCACCUUCAUGCCAGAAAGUCCAAGAUUCUACCUAGAGGUGGGGAAGCACGACGAGGCCUGGAUGAUCCUCAAGCAGAUCCAUGACACCAACAUGAGAGCACGCGGACAACCGGAAAAAGUCUUCACUGUAAAUAGAAUUAAAAUCCCAAAGCAGAUCGAUGAGUUUGUGGAAUUGCACCCAGAGACCAGUAACCUUGUCUCCAAAGUUAUUUUCCGAGUGAAGACAGAACUUUAUGGGAUCUGGCUAACCCUCAUGAAGUGUUUCAAUUAUCCAGUGAAAGAUAAUACUAUAAAGCUGGCCAUUGUGUGGUUUACGUUGUCAUUCGGGUACUAUGGCUUGUCUGUGUGGUUCCCUGAUGUGAUCAAGCACCUUCAGGCUGAUGAGUAUGCUUCUAAAGUGAAGAGGCACAUUAAUGAGCAAACUGAGGACUUCACAUUCAACUUCACAUUAGAGAACCAGAUACACAUCAAUGGUGUGUUCAUCAACGACAGAUUCAUAGGUAUGAAAUUCAAGUCAGUGACUUUCAUCAACACCACGUUUCAAAGCUGCUACUUUGAAGAUGUGACGACUGUGGGCUCAUUCUUCCGAAAUUGCACUAUUAUUGAUACUUCCUUCUCUGACACAGAUAUUGACGAGUCCAAACUCAUAAACACGAAAGUCACAAACAGCACGUUUGCUCAUAACAAAACGGGUUGUCAGAUGACGUUUGAUCAUGACUACAGCGCCUACUGGGUCUACUUUGUCAACUUCCUGGGGACGCUGGCUGUGCUACCAGGAAACAUUGUGUCCGCACUGCUCAUGGAUAAAACAGGACGCUUAUCCAUGCUGGGAUUCUCCAUGAUACUUUCUGGGAUCAGCUGCUUCUUUCUGUGGUUUGGCACAAGUGAGGCCAUGAUGAUCGGAAUGCUGUGUCUUUACAAUGGCCUCAGUAUCUCUGCCUGGAACUCACUGGAUGUGGUCACAGUAGAGCUAUAUCCCACUGAUAGGAGAGGGACUGGCUUCGGCUUCUGUAACGCCUUGUGUAAGCUGGCAGCAGUGCUGGGGAACCUGAUCUUUGGCUCUCUGGUCAGUAUUACUAAAGCCAUCCCGAUCCUGCUGGCAUCCUCUGUGCUGGUGUGUGGCGGUCUGGUGGGACUGCGGCUCCCGGACACAAGGUCCAAUGUCCUGAUGUAGGAAGUCAACAGCUUCACUCAGCCCAUGUAUCUCCUAUCCAUUUUUACAUUGUUUGAGGCAUCCUUUUCCAUUUUGAAAAGCUAAAUCAUGAACUAGAAGAAGAGAAAAAGACAGAAAUAUGAGAAAUAUGAUUACGGUAAUGGAAUUUGCAGAAGUAAAUGCUUAAGCUUAAGCAGACGUGAGUGAUAAUGUGAGUCAUAUUAUGUCUGAGGGCAUUGCGGUUAUGAAUGGCUGAAAUGAGUGAUGCAUUUAAAUCUAAACAUACAGUUAAAGAUCAGAAGCCCAGGAGGAUUGUGAAUCAAUUUCCUAACACUCUGUGUUACAUGUAUGGUACUACAGAUCGCAUUAUUGUCUCUCUAUUUUUAAGCAGCCUGCAAGUCUCAUACAGUAUGCUGAUGGUAUGAUGCUGGAAGCUGGUACUGAUAGAAGUGUAAAUAUGAAUGCCUCCUUUUAUUAAGAUGCUUAAAAAACUCUUAAUGAGCAUCCCUAAGAGAGCCCUUAACUGAACAUGAUGAGCAGGACUGGGAGAACUAUGCAGCUAUAUCACAGCUAUCAUACAGAUCAUAGGAGCUGAAAGAAAAAUAUGGUUAGAGUCAGCAGUUAUUUUGUUUAUUAGGACUCACUAUAGCUGUAUGAUUGAUUAUUAAUUAAUCAGCAUAUGACUUAUUGACCAUAAAAUGUCCUAAUGCUUGUGUGUAUAGGAAGUAUAACUGCUGAAUAAAUAAAAUAGAUUCUCCACAGUUUAACAAGAUACUGUCACACAAACAUUUACAUUAACUCACCUCAAAAGUGUUUCAUACCAGUGCAAAAAAGUAUUAAUGCACAUACAUAUCAAAUGCAGUAAGUGAAAAUAAUUUACUUGGAGCUAAAUCUAAAAAAAAAAAUCACAUUCCUGCUCUUUUACACAUAUUGUCGAGGACUUUUAACAUUGCUUUAUUGGAGUAAUUGUAGCAAAUAUGUUAAAAUUGUGUGUGUGUGUGUGUGCGUGUGUGUAAGGUCAAAUGGUAAAAGAAGCUUUUCACAACAUCCUAUACACAUGAACCCAUAUCUGGAAAUACUAUUGGCCUUUAGAAACUGUGCCUCUCCUUUGUUUAACUGUCACUCACUCUCAGACAAAUAAUCUUGACAAAUAAUCAAACAAACUCCACUUAAAACAACAAAAAAAUAAUAAAUAAAUAAAAAACCCUUUAACGACACAACACUGUGCUUCAAUGAGAUUUAAUUUUCAUAUUUUUUUUUUACACCUAGGCGUCAUUAACAGUGUAGGUUUUGGUGACCCUGAGGUUUAGAAAGACCAUCUUAAACAUGUAGAUUGUCCAUCUGGUGAGUCUAAACCAACAUGAGUUCAUGAAGUUUAUUAUAAGUUUGUUAAAGGUUGUUACUGUACACUUAUUCACAAUUAUACAGGUACUACUGACCUUAAAAUAAUUACUUUAAAUAUAACCAUGGACUGGAGAUUGGAAGUCUUUAUCAAAUCAGUUUCAAAAUAUACCAGAUUGGAAGUAAUUAUUGUAGCUCUAAUUGGAUAAUUCAUGUAACUUGUGGUGUCUUUUAAUUGUGUUCAUCCAGAAUCGGAGUCAAACUACCUAUUUAUUUAUUUUUGAUAUUAUAUCAUCAUUAUGUGCCUCCACAGGCCAUAAUUUUCCUGACAAGGAUACUUUCUAUGUGCUGCUAUAUAUGAUUGGUGUCUGUCAUAACAACAUUAUAAUUGUUGACACUACUGUUUUAAAAUUUGGCAAAGACAUUCAUCUGUUUUUAAAAAUACUAUUUUACAAAGAUUCUAAGCCAUUUUGUUGUAAAAUAAUAAUAAUAAUAAUAAUAAUAAGGUAAUAUAUAAUAAUACGAAGUGUCCUAUACUGUUUUUGAUUAGGCCUCUGACAAACCAAAGUGACUUACUGCUGUUUCACUCUCAGCAGAGCUAAGCAGUCUCUGAAGUAGAGGUUUCUAAUAGGAAAAAUAACUGUAGCUAAUUAAUUAAUUUAGCCAAAUUUUAAUGAAGCAGUGUUUAUCACUAUUAGGAUGCAUAAUAUAAUGUUAUAGUAGAUUGUUGUGUGUGUCAGCUUAUGUUUGUAUGUGUUGCUUAUGAAUGUGUGUGUAUUUGUCUGUAAAAUAUUGUAUAUACUGUACGAUACAGUGUGUGUGUGUAUUGGUGGACACAAAUGGACAACGAUACAACAUUUUCAUCUUUCAUUAAACUACAGCGAAAAAAAAAAAUCCUCUCAACCAUCCAACAUCACAGACAACCUUGCAUGUGCGUAUGAAAUAGUCUGUCUUUGUGCUCAGUUUUGAGUUUUCAUGUCCCCUUGCUGAGGGACAAUCAGAACAUGAUUAUUUGGAGCAAACAAAAGAAUGUUACGCUGCUCUGUGUUUUAUGAAGGUUGUGUGUAUAAUUUGUGAGCAUAAAAAUACUGAAAAAAGCAUACUUUUGUGAAAUUAAUAAAGAUAUGUGUUGAAAUGA